CACAGGAUCAGUCAGCCGACGGCCAGUGGUGGUGUUGGUGGUGGUGGUGCUAAUAAGUGCUGCUUAAACAGUACACUAACCAGUCGCACCGAGGCAACCAGCGCCGCCCUUCGGCAGUGGGACCGAACGAAGGCCCCAGUUAUCACGAUCGAUAAGCUGCGAACCGCAGAAGCAACGAAGCACAUGUAAUGUACAUACCAGCGUACCUUACAGACUACAACUUCGGCCGACCGACCCACCAAACAAUUAACACUCAUCGCCCGAGAGCAAAGACGGCACCGUCGCCUCAAGGCGCGCAUCCUUCAACAGGGACUGGAUUGAAACGGCACGCUCGGCCUCGCACCCGGCGGGGUCAGUGAGAGCACCACGAGGGCCAAAGCAACCACAAACGCGCGAAGAAAAAACAUCGCUUCGCUCCCCUUCCCGACUGAAGAAGAUGGACUUCGCGCCUUACCAGUCCUCCCCGCCAGAGCACACCCGCUCGCCGACCCACAGCGCCACCGCGUCCCCGCGCACUUCCCUCGAGAACAACAGCAACCGCCGCGGCGCGUACUCCCCCGCCACCGGCCACCGCUACCAGCACCGCCAGAGCCAAUUCACCCCGCCGCCGCUGCAGCACCCGCAGCCGCAGCGCGCCUGGUCGAGCGAGGGCGUCGGGCGGUACCAGAGUCCCUUGUCCGCCGCUCCGCCGGCGGCGGGGGGGCCGGUCGGAAACGGGGGAUGGAUAGGGAGUGGCAGUGGCAGUGGCGGCGGCGGCGGCGGCGGCGGUGGUGGUGGAGGAGGGAUGGGAGACUACUUCUCGGCGCUGGGCGCGAGGGAGGGCAUGGUGAGCGAGUUCGACACGAGCCUGGGCCUGCGGCUGGACUACGAGGCGUGCCUCGCAUACUUGGCGCUGCCGCCCCUCGGGGGGAUCCUGCUUCUGAUCCUGGAGCGGAAGAGUGAUUAUGUCAGGUUCCAUGCAUGGCAGUCGAGCUUGCUGUUCACGGCGCUGUUUGUGGUGCAUCUGCUGUUUUCUUGGUCAACUUUCCUGAGCUGGGUGCUGUUCCUGGGUGAUUUGGUGUUGAUCGCCUGGCUGGUGCUUAACGCGUAUCGGGAUGCCGAUACCUUGGACCGCUACGAGGUCCCUAUUUUCGGGCGGAUAGCAAGCAACAUCCUGGACGACGAGUAAUGAUAAUGUUUGCCGGGCUGGGCAUCUCCGGGUGAAAGCCCGGAGGCGAGGAUUUUUUUUUUUUGACUACUGAUAUUCCCAUGUCUCACUCUCAUGUGUAUAUCCUCUUCACCGGCGGCUCUCUUCUUGGAGUUGGGUGGGGGAUGUGUUGCCUAAGGGCCUCUCAAUCAAGGCUGGCCUUCUAACUGAUACUGUUGGUUCGUUCUUGGAAAGCACAUUGGCGCUGGCACUGGAAGCAAACCUAUUAUGGCGACGAGUUGGUAGAGACUUCUUUCGUGCAGUAUUUCCUUCCUUUUGUCUCUCUUCUUUCUCUAGCGGGUUGUGGUUUAUCUAAGUCAACAGCAAUGCAGUGCGCAAGCCCACGAUAUGUUGUGAUG